AUGGCGUGUGUGAGGGUGCUGGUGCGCCUGCAGGCCCAGUCUGCGUAUAAAGGAAUAUUUCACUGCGUGGCUAAAACCUACGCUCAUGAGGGGCUCCAUGGAUUCUUCAGGGGCAUGGCAUUUCCCAUGCUCACCACCGGCAUCAUCAACUCUGUUGUGUUUGGCUGUUACAGCAAUGCUUUCGCUUACCUCACUCAGUCCCAGCGUAGUGAGCGUAGUCAAGGCUACCGGGGCUACAAUGCACACAUCUUCACUGCCGGCUGCUUCGCAGGACUGGUGCAGGUGCUGGCGUGUGCACCCAUCGACCUGGUGAAGGUGCGCCUGCAGGGUCAGACGUCCGCCGACCGUUACCGUGGACCGCUCCACUGUGUCGCCGUCAUCCUGAAGGAGGACGGUCCCAGGGGUCUGUUCAGAGGAGGGCUGGCCCUGGCUCUGAGGGACAUACCCUGCUAUGGACUCUACUUCCUGCCCUACGAGGUGGUUAAGAACACUCUGACUGAGAGCGGCCGUGAACCAGGCACCUUUGCGAUCCUGACGGCGGGCGGAUUGGCGGGUGUGAUAACCUGGGCCUUCGCCACGCCCAUGGACGUGGUGAAGGCUCGGCUCCAGAUGACGGGUGCUGGCGGCCGGCACUACAGCGGCGUCCUCCACUGCAUGAGGGUGAGCGUCAGGGAGGAGGGAGUCAGGGUGUUCUUCAAAGGCUUCCUACUGAACAGUGUGAGGGCCUUCCCCGUCAACGCCGUCACCUUCCUCAGCUACGAGAGUCUCAUGAAAGCUUUAUCCCCACCAGCAAAGCCAAGCGUGUGAAUGGAUGCGUGCCUUGCCUUGCAGAAUGACAGAAAUGACUCCUUAUGGAUAUUUUAUUACACGAUACGACUGUAGGUCUGAUGUUCUUAUGGUGCCUUUGUUGGAUGAUGAGCAUUGAAAUACUGUUUUCUAGCUGGACCAGGUCAACUCUCAUGUAGCUAAUGUCAGAAACUGGGACACUUUGAAGGUCAUGUAGUUUGCCUUUAGUUGGUUUCAUGUGAUUGAAGAUAUCAAUGUUUAGCUGUUUCAUAGGAAUCAAACCCACUUUACUUUACAAAAUCAGAAUCAUUACCUUUGUUGCACAUUAAAUGCAAACAUUUGCCUGUUUUUUUUUUUACUGUAGGGAGUUUAAAUCCCGACCACUGGACACAAACACUUGAAGAUUUUCCUAAUAAACGAUACAGAAAUA